UACUCUAUUUAAUUGCGGAAUCGAAAAUAAUUUGAGUCCAUGAAAACCACGAAGCACAGAAUCAAGUGUAAAUUCACACAAACCUAAAUUUACUUUGUGUCUUUCAGCUGCUCUUUAAAUUCCAACCAUUGUUGUUGUCUGCCCAGAACACACUUAUUCUCAAACGCCCAUUUUGAAUAACUGCAAUAUCUCCUAUUUUCUAUCCAUAUAAUCAAUAAAAAUUAGGGUUUGGGGUCUGAUGAUAUAAUGAUAAAGCUAUGGAGAUGGUACCAGAAAUGUUUAGAAACACACCCAGUUAAAACUCAGGUGAUUAGCUCUGCUUUCAUUUGGGGCUUUGGUGAUAUAGCGGCUCAGACCAUUACACAUCACUCCACUCACAGAUCCAAACAACAAUCACUUUCGUCUUCUGAUGAACAUAAGGAAUUAAAGAUCAAUUGGAGGCGGGUGGCAACUACAAGCUUAUUUGGUUUGGGAUUUGUUGGACCAGUUGGUCACUUCUGGUAUGAAGGUUUAGACCGUUUUAUGAGACUGAGACUUCAAUACCAGCCAAAGUCUCUUCGCUUUGUUGCUACAAAAGUAGCUGUUGAUGGGCUGCUGUUUGGGCCCUUGGAUUUGCUUGUUUUCUUCACGUACAUGGGUUUUUCUACUGGGAAGAGUGUUGAUCAAGUUAAGGAAGACGUGAAAAGGGACUUUCUCCCAGCUUUGAUUCUAGAGGGAGGCAUAUGGCCAAUUGUGCAGGUGGUCAACUUCCGAUAUGUACCGGUGAGGUAUCAGCUCCUAUACGUCAAUUUCUUCUGUCUGUUGGACAGCUCUUUUCUUUCAUGGCUUGAGCAACAACAGGAUGCUCCAUGGAAGCAAUUUUUUAAAUCCAUUCCGGAAGUAAAAGAAAUUAAAGGUGAGGUGAAUGAUAGAUAGAUUUACCUACUUAAAUUUGUUACCGCAUACUUUUGAGUGGCACACACUGGAGGAUUAUAUUCUGUCACCUGUUGAGGAAUAUACAAAUUCUAGACACACCCAGCUGGAUUUCUGAAGUUUUGAAUCGGCAAGUUCUUACUCUUAUAAACCCAUUUGAUUUGUUCAGAGGAAAGUUUAAAUCACUGGUUGUUCUGUAUCAACCCCUCCACUGUUGUGAUUCACUUGGCCCCUGUAUUUAGUGGAUUUUUAACCGUCCUUGAA